UUCCCUGUAACGAAAGGUACUUAGAUUUACUGUGUUAGGUGACGGAAAUCACGGGCGGCAGCACGAUUCAAAUUGUCAAGGACGACGAAACGAUUGAAAUCGACUUUACGCCGCCGUACAAGCGCAUUUCGAUGGUGGCGGAAAUCGAAAAGGAAACCAACACGAAACUGCCCAUGGACGAGCCGGAGAAAUGCAUCCAAGUGCUCGAGACCCUGGUCACAAAGUACGGCUUGGACUGCGCGCCGCCGCGGUCGCUCUCGCGUCUCUUGGACAAGUUGGUUGCCCACUUCAUUGAAGACAACAAGGUAUGUAGACACACACACACAUCUGUCGAUAAGACCUGUUUUGUAUUCCGUGGUUCAAUCCGCGACCACGAUGCCGAUAAGAUCUGUUUUGUAUUCCGCGGCUCCCAUCCUCGAUUAAGUUUUGUAUGAUUGCAGGCGAAUUGGACCAAACCGUUCUUCAUCAUGGACCACCCGACGGAAAUGUCGCCGUUGGCCAAGUACCAUCGGUCGUUGCCCGGGUUGACGGAACGCUUUGAAAUGUUUUUCGCCGGCUCGGAAAUUUGCAACGCGUACACGGAACUUAACAACCCCGUGGUGCAACGCGAACGUUUCACGGAACAAGCCAAGCAGGCCGCCGACGGCGACGACGAAGCGCAACCCCACGACGAGGCGUUUUGCACAGCCAUGGAGUACGGCCUCCCCCCCACGGGCGGCUGGGGCUGCGGCGUGGAUCGCAUUGCAAUGUUCUUGACGAACAAGUUCAACAUCAAGGAAGUGCUGCUGUUCCCUGCCAUGAAGCCGGACGAACAGGUGGCGAAAGUGGCGGCGGCAGCGACGGCAGCCGACUUUUCACUGGAGGCGCUGGAAGCGCGAUUGAAGGCCCAUCAAGGCAACUUUUUGAACGGGUCCAAGCCCUCCAAGGACGACACGGCCGCGUUCGACCGCAUCAAGGUCGUCGGCAAGGACAUCUUGAAGAAGCACCCGCACGUCGACGCAUGGGUCGACCUCGUCUCGCUCUUCACCAACGACUUGCGGUCCAAGUGGUAGACAGAAGAGACCGAAUGAAUCCAACAAUAUUGAUUGAACAAGGAAGGUAUUUUCGAAAA